AGCCGGGCGGGCGGGACUGCCAAGAUGGAGGGCUGGCGCGGAGCUUGGUAUGUGCCAUGUCUAGCUGCACAUGAGACCCUCCAGGAAUUAUGUAGGAAGGAGAAUCUCACAUGUAAAUCCAUUGGAAUCGCCAACAGGAAUCUAAAGAGUUAUGAGGUGGAAUAUUUGUGUGGCUACAAGGUAGAAGAGGGCACAGAAUACUACCUUGUGAAGUGGAAAGGAUGGCCAGAAUCCACAAAUACCUGGGAACCUUUGGAAAAUCUUAAAUGCCCAUUGCUCCUCCAAAACUUUCAUAAUGAUCAGAAUGAAUAUUUAUCUCGAGCAAAGCAAGGGAAGGCACUAAUAAUGAGAAAACAUGGCAAGGCUUUGAAACCUGCAGUAGUAGAUUACAUUGUAAAGAAAGCUAAACAAAGAGUAGCUCUACAGAGAUGGAAAGAAGAACUCAACAGGAAGAAGAACCAUAAAGGGAUGAUUCUUGUAGAAAACACUGUGGAUCUUGAGGGUCCUCCUUUAGACUUUUACUACAUUAAUGAAUAUAAGCCUGCUCCAGGAAUAAAUGUGAUCAAUGGAAUCACAACUGGCUGUGAAUGCUCUGAUUGCCCUGCUGAGAAAUGUUGUCCCAAGGAGGCUGGAUGUCUUUUGGCUUACAAUAAAUAUAGGCAGUUAAAAAUCCAACCGGGUUUGCCCAUCUAUGAGUGCAACUCAUUCUGUAGAUGUGGUCCUGAUUGUCCUAACAGGAUAGUACAGAAAGGCACACCUUACUCUCUUUGCAUCUUCAGAACUAACAAUGGCCGUGGCUGGGGAGUAAAAACCCUCCAGAAAAUUAAAACAAACAGUUUUGUGAUGGAAUAUGUUGGAGAGGUCAUUACGAGCGAGGAAGCAGAGAGACGAGGCCAACUGUAUGACAACCAAGGAAAUACGUAUUUGUUUGAUCUGGACUAUGACUCGGAUGAAUUUACAGUAGAUGCAGCUCGAUAUGGAAAUGUGUCCCAUUUUGUGAAUCACAGUUGUGAUCCAAAUCUUCAGGUGUUCAAUGUUUUCAUCGACAACCUUGAUUUGCGUCUUCCUCGGAUAGCACUGUUUUCUACAAGACCUAUCAAGGCUGGAGAGGAGCUCACAUUUGAUUAUCAGAUGAAAGGCUCUAUAGAUCCUAUUUCGGACUCCGCUGAUGCUCUCAGCCCAGCCAGAAAGAGGACCAGAACUGUGUGCAAGUGUGGGGCUGUGUGUUGUAGAGGGUAUCUUAACUGAAUGCUCAGUAUCCAAAGUUGCAGAUAAAUUAUUUUGCCUUUCUAAAUGAUUUCAAGAAGACUAUUCUAGUUUACAUAUAUAUAUCCAUUGAAGUAUUUUUACAUCUAAGUAAAUCACUACGGUGGAAAGGUGUUAAAUUUAGGUUUGAAAUGGGCAUUAGCCAAAGAAGGAGAUUUAAUAUUACAACCACCAAAACAUGAAACACUUGACAGCCUGGAUUAAAAACUAGAUGUGCCUGGAACUACUGUCCUGUUGUUUAGGAGCCAAUGAAUGAGUUUGUUCAGAAAACUAUCCUUAAUGUGGACUAAGACUUGAAUAUUGAUUGUGUAUGCUUACAGCUCUAAUCCUGUAAGGGGCUGAGGUGAUGGUGUUCCAUGAAGCUGAAAGAUUGAUGACAGGAAAAAAGUCCUAAAACUCAUAGUUGACUAGUUAACUUGUAACAGUUUCCACUUUCCUUUUAAAAGGCUUAAAAAUAGCAAUAAAACUUCAGCCCUGAUCCUCCUCCAGGAGGUACUACCAUGAAAUGUUGCACAGGUAUGAAGGUUCAUAGGAAUAUACUCAAGCAGGAAAAAAAAAAAAGGACAAGAUUAGUAAUGUCUAUAGAACUUUGCACAGUGACUUGUAUCAGCGGACUGUAGAUCUAAGAUCAGGGUCUUGGAAAUGAUGUCUGAAUGGCGUUGGCUAAUAAUUACAUAUAGAAUUAUAAUACAUUCAUUCCUAUGAACUUUUUUCCAAUUUUUACAGUCACUGUAUUUGCUGAAUUCCUGCAGUUAUAAAAACAGCUCAUAAUAUCAAAUUAUUUACGUAUGCUGAUUUUUUUUCCAAUAAUUUGGAAACAGGCAGAUGUCGCUGAAACAGACUAUUGAUUCAAGUUGAGAGAAGAUGAUAAACAGGAAUAAGAGUAAAAAUUCAGUCAUUAUUUCUUUGGUAAUCUGAUGCAUUUGUGUAAAGAUACCAAUUAUAUGGUACAGAUAGAAAAGUAUCCUGGGAAUGGACUUUUAUGCACAACUGUCAUUGAUUGUUACAGUUUUUUUUACAUAUUGUGAAUGUUUUUAACCCAGUAGCAGAAUUAAAAACAUUAGACCAAACUUCUUCCUGUUGCAACAAAUUUAACUUCAGUGAAGUUAGACUAGGGGCAAAUUGCCCAUUUGCUGUAGGCAUUUGUAACAUGUUCUUUGAAUUUUGAAUGUAAAGCUGAGAAACCUAUCGUUCUUCAGCUUCUUGAAUAUUUUUCCAUUGAUAUUCAAAAGUAGUUAUGUUGAUCCGUUGAUAACGUAUACUAAAAUUUUGUUGGACUUCAAAGACGCCGAACAGCAGUUGAGUUAGACUGCGUGAGCGGAGCCACAAACUAUGUCCAUAGUUCCAGGGACAAAGGUUAAGUGCUUUAUUUUUCCUGUGGAUAAGCUUGCAGGACUUGCAUAGUACUUGAAAGUGAUGUACAGGAUCUUUAAGGAGUCGGGCAGAGUUCUUUUGCUCCAUAAAUGGAUGCUUGCUACAUACCAUGAGGUCAGCUACUUACCUUUAUAAGGUACGCUGCUGUUGGCUCAGGUGAAUGAGGUCCAGUAUCGUAACAUAUAAUGAUUUUCUUCAUUUGUUAAAAAUAUGCCUUAAAGUUCAUGUUUACCACUCCGACAAAGGUUUUGAAGGACAGUUUGAGUCAUUUGUUAGUUUAAAAGCACAGUUUUAUUUUACUAGAGAACUGGUUUUAUGUAGGGGAGUGAAAUCGCAUAAGCUAAUGCACAACAGCACGUUUGCCAUUGGGAUACAGAUUCGGGGUAAAGAGCAGUACACAGUGCUCUAUGGGUUUUGUAGACUAUAAAGAAAUAUACUUUGAAAUUAGAUGCUUUAUAUUGUUUAAUGACUGAGACGCUGAUUGCAUAAUUUUAAGCAUACCUGGCAUUUUACUGUGCUACUUUGUACCCAUACUUGGAUAAAAGUGCUGGAUUUAGUCAUUAUUAAAGGUGUCAUACAUCGUUUAUAAUUGUUUUUCUAAAGCUUAAGUGGAAUGUGGAGCGUAAAUCCUUUUUGAAAACAUAGAAAAUAGUUCGUAUCUAGAAUCAUUCCACUUUCUAUUGAAUACAUCCCAAGUGAGCAGCAAGUUGUGCAGGGAUGGAAAUCUGAGCUCCUGCUCCUCAACAGGUAGCAGACGUUCAGGAGGCAAUUCCCUGGCCUCUUGCAGAUGCUUUGGAUUGUUCUUGUGGCUGUGGCCCCUGUUGGACCCCUUUGCACAAGCCACACGGAGGGCUGUAGUCACUAUUUUGGCUGCCUUUUUCCCUUAAUUUUGGGCCCUGAACAUGAUAGUCUGUAGCAGUAUAAGAGGGUUAGACAGAAAAUCAAAAAUACAUGCUUAUAGAAAGCACAUCAAGGUCUGCCAGCUCUCAGUAUCUGAGUUUAGUGUCCUGUCUCUUCUGAUGAUCGUGUUUAUUGCCAAUACAUUGCUUUAAUCUAAUGGCUUGGAGUAUUACCUCUGCUGCAGGAUCUCAAAUUCUGAUCCUGUGAAAUAAUGGGAGAGUACUUUAAGUAGACCUAUACAUCCCAUUGCUGAUUCAGAACCAUAAAUGAUGUCUGAAUUUGCAGUGCAUUUUGGUUUUCUUCUGUGAAUUAGUUUAAUGGGAUACUAAGUCACUUUUAAUCUCCUGUCAUCCUUUCAGGAGUUCAGGAGGGAAAAUUGCCAAAUUAGAAAAGGAGAAAAAAGUUAGUGUCAGUUCCUUAAGGAGCUGAAACCAGCCACCUUCUGCCUUUUAUGCUUCUUGGUCAGCAUUUACCAUGGCCACCAGUACAGCUGUGUCAAUGGCACUUUUGCUUGACUGGUAACAUGCAAUGUGUUUUUCAGCUAUUUUGAGGUAGCAGAACUAAAAUGCUGCAGCAUCUUCUAGAAGAAAAAAAGCUAUUGUGUAUUUAUUUAAACUCAAAAUUAUACCAACCUCUUGGUUAUUUUCAUUGUGUGUAUUUGGGACUGUGUACUUGUUAGGAUAUGCAGUUUGUAACCUCAGGAACACUACUUUUUCAUAAUUGAUAUGUGAAGUCUGUAAUAGCAGUAUCUCUUUUUCUUAUAGUUUCUUUUGAUAAAAUAAAUUUUAAUUUAGUA